AUGGCUGAUAUGGACGCUGAUUCGUCAUUACCAGUUCAGUCACAAGAGAACGGCAGUAGCCAUGAACACAAUGAUCAGCACGACCAGCAGGUCGAGUUUUCUGUAGAAUUACCCCCAGCCACACAGCCAGAGAGCCAGGAAACAAACAGUGAACCUGCAGCAAAACCUGAACCAGAACCAGCUCCAGCUGCUGCUGCUGAGCCUGCUUCAGCUGCUGACGCUGCACCCCCUCCAGCUGCUGCUGUUGCUACAGGUGGUGCUACCCCUGGUGCUGCUGCCCCUGCUGCACAUACUGAGGUAAUGGUAGCCAUGCCGGUCCUGCAGCAACACGGAGACGUUUUUGUUGGUCCGGGAUCGAAGCGUGAAGCACAACUGUUGGGUUUGGGUCUCACAAAGCUGAGCAGCAGAAGAAAGGAUGAUCUACACCUUGCAAAAAGAUACGCUAUGGACUUGUCAAUCAAGCAAAUUAUGCUCCGACAACAGAAGGCUCAUCAUGAAAAUCAACAAAAACAAGCGAUGUAUGCUCAAGCACUAUCCCUUAUGGCGCGUGUUUAUAUUGGAUCGAUUUCGUUCGAAGUUAGGGAAGAAAUGAUCAAAAAAGCUUUUGAAGUCUAUGGACCUAUCAAGAGUAUUAAUAUGAGUUGGGAUCCUACCACAGGUCAUCAUAAAGGAUUUGCAUUCUUGGAAUUCGACGUCCCAGAAGCUGCUCUUCUUGCACAGGAAUCCAUGAACGGCCAACUGAUGGGAGGAAGGAAUCUCAAGGUUGGCCGUCCAUCAAACAUGCCACAAGCUCAGCCCAUCAUAGAAAUGGUUCAACAGGACGCGAAAAGAUACCACAGGUAUAACGUUUUCGUAUUCGUUCUUCUAGCGGCGCCACCUGUGUUAAUUUGA